CCAGGAACCAGACUUGCAAGGAUGCUAAACACAAAUCAAAAUGAACAUCGAACUGUUAUGAAAUCAUUAGGGGACAAGAGCGGGUGUCUGUCGAUACUUGCUUGUUUGGUCGACGCGAAGAGGGUAGCGGCUGUCGAUCGCAUCACGAUUUCGCGGGCCAUGAUCACAGCCCCUCUGAUCCUGGGAAACAAAGUCAGGAACCAGAUGGGUUGGCGUUCCAAUGGCAGGCCCCAUCCAUGGAUGCCAUGCUCCACCAGUCGAAAUGAAACACACCCGAGCGAGGCCUGAUGACUCCAGUCCGGAGCCAAGCUGGCCACGGCGCAGGGGUGGGUCGCCCCUAUUGGCGAUGAGAGUGGGCUGGGGGGGAUCAUAGUGGCCGAUAGACUGCUGGGAAAGUCUGGGAUGACUGUUGACGGUGUGAGCGCCCGAGUGGCUAGUGAGCGGGCGAUGAGGAAAAAAAAAAGGCGGAGGAGCAACGGAGGAGGAACCAAUCGAUCUGACGAUCUCCGUCUUGUACAAAAAAGAUCCCCGAGCCCUCGAUUUCCCACUGAUCUUCUCCAUCCUCCUCUCUCUCGUAAAUUUCACCUUUGUCUCCUCCGUGUCUCCCCCCGCCCCCCGUUAUACUUGACUCCCCAUUGCUGUUAGCCCUGUGAUCGCUAUUCCUGGACACGUGGAGUACCCCUCGAAUCAAGACUGGGAGACGGAAAUUUAUUAAAUACUCGAAACCUCUUGGAUUGCUCGAGAAGUCGACGACUCCCUGUCUCAGCGUCGAGGCAGCGACGAAUUGCAUCAUCUCUCUCGACUUCAAUGCCGAGUGACCAACCCUUUUCGAGUCUGCAAUAAUUCCAAUGGCGUAUCGGGACCCUUCUCCGGUGCAUGUGCCUCUACGAACUUCCAGCCGAAUUCAAUUCAAAACCGGAGCCAUGGAGAAACACGACGACGGUGGCUUUGUCGAACGGAAAUCCUCCAAGGCACAGCGCAUCCUGGGGACCGACUUGCCUCUCCCUAAUACCCAGACUGCAUGGGAGAAAUCGCAAAAAUCCCGCCGACAGAGCCUCCGGACCCCCGACGGCAAUUCGAGACAGCAGAACCAGAAUUCCGGCUUCGCAGCCUUUCCUUCAUCUCGAGACUCGAUUGCCCCGCCUCCGAAUCUCCGCGUGCGUGCCUCGUCGCCGCUGCUCGGUCACAACUACCGAUCUCAAGAACCUGUACCGCCAAUGCCCAAGCCUUCCAAGAAGGUCCACCAAUCCGGAUCUUCGUCCACCCUUUUCUCCUAUUUCAGCUCUAAAGAAUCGAUCAAAUCGAGCUCAAAAUCCAACCCGACCACUCCCAAGCAACAAAGCCUUCAACCCCAUAUUCGCCAUGAGCUGGGGCUGGACCCCCAAGUGACGUACAAGCAAUCUCGCAGUGCAGCGAAGGAGCAAGGGAAGGAAAAGGAUUCCAAACGCAAGCUGCGCCCUCCCCGCAUUGACCUGUCGAUCCUCUUCCCGAAACCUCGAAAUACUGCCCCUCCACUCCUAUCACCUCAGCGUAUGACCAACUCGCCCUCCCCGGUCUCGACUGUCGUUUCAGACUACCCCUCCCAGCGGAUGGACCGAGGUGGAAGUGUGCCCUCUGCGAAGAAGUUUGGAGAGCCUCUACCGCAGCGGAAAUCGGUCAUUCCAAAUGAAGGUCCUAAGCAAAAUGGUGACCGCUCCGAUCUGCUUUCGAUUCCCGAAUCAAAAGAUGGCGAGUGGUACGAUCAUCCGCUUGAGCGGACGGUGGGCACCAGCGAGAUUGACAUUGCCCUGGACCGAUAUGCCGGACGACGGUCGUUGUUCAGUCGCUCCAGUGUCUAUACGGCUAGCCGGGAGCAAUUGAAACCCGAUACACAUCGUCCUGCAGAAACCGGAAUCGCGGCUCGCAGAGGCCAAGCACCGCCUGCCAUCCAAAAUAAGGAUCUAUACUUGAUGCCGACCACGCAGUCGAAAGAGACAGGUCGCCAUCGCGCCUUGACAACCGAGUCUAAUACUUCACGGGGCGGAAAGAGUGCGGUCAGCAAAAAGAGUAGCAAGAGCACCUUGCGGAACAAGGAUUUGCAGAAUUCCAGUGUCCUCUGCCUUUCAUCGUCAGAAGAUGAGGACGAGGAGGAUCGGGAGACCCCUGUGAAUCAGCAAGGCAAGGCCACCAAAGAUUCUCGCCGAAGCAGCGUGGCCACGUAUGGUGAAUACGAGCCGGAGAUCUAUACUGCGCGCGCUGCGCAGGCCGCCAUCGUUCGAAAGGUUGAGCGGGCGCCGUCCACCAGCAGCCGCGGAUCUCAUCCCAACACACGUAGUCAGUCAAAUCGCAGACAUACCUCCAUCGCCUCUACCGGCAAGUCAUCGACAACCACUCGACGCACCACGAAUUCCAAACGGUCCAGCCACAUCCCCAUCAUCGCCGAACCGGAUAUUCUCAAUCAGUUCCCCCAACAGCCUCUCCGCACUCCUCAAGAAUUGAAGGAGAUGAAUCGACGAAGCCGAGUCAUUGCGGUGACCCGCCAGGAGCAGGAUCUCCUCGAAGCGAUGCGUCAGCGAAAAGGCAAGAUUACACCGAGUAUCUUCCAGCACAACAACGGGGCGCCAGAAACCGAUCGUAAUUCGAUGGCCUCGGGCCCAUCGCGAGACUCGUUCUGCGGCUCCGAUACAUCCUUCCUGCGCCUCAGCGCUGCGUUCCCGCCAUUCCAUUCGCGGACAGACCAAGAAAAUUGGUAAUCCGAUUGCCUCGCCCCAGUUCAGUACGGGCUAUUCCGAAAGUCUUCCAUCGCCUGCCACGAGCGGUGCUUCACCCCUUACGCCAACCCUCCCUAUCCACCGAUUCUCACCGCUGCCCUCGCCGAAGCCUCCACCCCGUGGUCCUCCCCCCGCCAUCCCGGAGGACCAGAAGCGGCACUCCCGCCGUCGUACCGAUAGCAGCGAAGCUAUUAUGCUCAACGAUCAUGGUGAGCCGCAGCGCAAACACGACCUCCCGCUUUGGUCAUUCGAAUUCGAUUGGAACCAAGACCGGGCGAGUGUGGCCCCCGUGUAUUAGAGGUGCAUAUGCAGCUCUAUGCGCGACACAUUCAUUUUCGAUCUACUUUUCUCACCUACCUUUCGACCUCUUGUAUAACCGUCUCUUUUAUGUCCUUUGUGGACGUCCUUGACCAUCUCUUCAUCACCCAAUUUUCAUUUCCUCUCUGUUACAGCAUCAUCUUUGCAUCUGGGCGUUCUUGAUAUUUACCAUUUUGGUCAAUGGGAACUACCGAGUUCUAUCUUCCUCAUCUUUUCUUAUGAACGCUUUGACUCUGUCACCCACUCUCUGAUCUAAUUAUUCUUCUUACUUGCCCACUCGAUUUGUGAGCUUCUAAUAUACCCGCUCCUAUGUUUUCUUUCCCCUUAUUGCAUUUGGUGGUUUUCUGAUAUACUAUAAGGACUUUGAUCCCCCUCCAUUGUUUCUAUCAUCCUGAUUAGCUAGCAAGCUACCCGUUAGUUCAAAAUGCAAGACCUUGCAUGCUGCAUAA